GGAGGAGGGAAAAUAUACUGAAAAAAGAGGAAAGAAAAAGGGAAAAACCCAGGAUUUUGUCCUGGCUGGAGCCAGAGUCACCAUUGAGCUUCAGCACGGCGAUGUGGGCUGUGGGGACCCGGGGGGUGCUCCUGGCGCUGUUUCUGCUCCCAGGGCUCUGUGAGGGGUUCAACAUCGACGUGGGGCAUUCGCGGAUCUUCCAGGGACCCCCCGAGUCCCAAUUUGGGUACCGGGUGCUGCAGUGGGGUGGCAAUGGGGACAAGUGGCUGCUGGUGGGGGCCCCGUGGGAUGGGAAUGGUCAAGGUGACAUCUACAAGUGCGGCGUGAGACUCCAAAACUCCUCCUGUGCCAAGGCCAACCUCGGUACAGGGGCUGCAGCUCCGUGGCUCCGCAGCAGCGCCGGACACCUUGGGAUGACACUAGUGGACUCCAAGGAUGGUGGGUUUGUGGCAUGCGCCCCGCUUUGGUCCCAGGAAUGUGGCACCUCUGUGUUCAGCUCUGGCCGCUGUGUCCAUCUCAAUGAGGAGCUCCAGCUCAUGGGGACCAUUGCACCCACAGCACAGCGUGAGUGGGGUGGGAUGUACUGGGAUAUACCGGGAUGUGCCACCCUGGUGUCACCGUGUCCCCUGCCAGGCUGUUCUACCUACAUGGACAUCAUCCUGGUUCUGGACGGCUCCAACAGCAUCUACCCCUGGGAGGAGGUGCAGGCAUUCCUCGGGAACAUCCUGGGGCGCUUCUUCAUUGGUCCUGGGCAGACCCAGGUGGGGGUGCUGCAGUACGGGGAGCGGCUGGUGCAGGAAUGGGCGCUGGGGCAGCACCCUACGGCGCAGAGCCUGCUCGAGGCCGCCCGGAACCUGACGCGUCAGGAGGGGAGGGAGACGCGGACGGCCAUGGCCAUCCGUCAGGCAUGCACAGAGUCCUUCAGCCCGGCGCAAGGUGGGCGCCCAGGGGCCACACGGCUGCUGCUGGUGGUGACAGAUGGGGAGUCCCACGACGGGGACGAGCUGCCAGCAGCGCUGGAGGAGUGCGACCGGCACAAUGUCACCCGCUAUGCCAUCGCCGUCCUGGGGCACUACCUGCGUCGGCAGCAGGAUCCCGAGGAUUUCAUCCGGGAAAUCAAGUUCAUUGCCAGUGAUCCUGAUGAGAAGUAUUUCUUCAAUGUCACAGAUGAGGCUGCCCUCAAUGAUAUCGUGGAUGCUCUGGGAGAUCGGAUCUUCAGCCUGGAAGGCACCCAUGGGGACAACGAGAGUGCCUUCGAGCUGGAGAUGUCCCAGAUCGGCUUUUCUAUCCACCACCUUGAGGAUGGGAUCCUCUUUGGAAUGGUUGGAGCCUAUGACUGGGAGGGGGGUGUGCUGGAGGAGAGCCAGCGUGGGCGCAUUGUUCCACCCUGGGAAGCGUUUCAGGAAGAAUUCCCGCUGGAGCUGAAGAAUCACGCAGCGUAUCUGGGGUACUCUGUGUCCUCGCUGCAGCUCCCGGGGGGGCAGCGCUUGUUAGUGGCUGGUGCCCCCCGAUUCCAGCACAAGGGCAAAGUUCUCCUCUUCCAGCUGGACCCCAUGGGGACCGUGACGGUGGCCCAGGCAUUAAUGGGGGAGCAGAUCGGCUCCUACUUCGGCAGUGAGGUCUUGGCCCUGGACCUGGAGGGAGAUGGGGACAGUGACCUGCUGCUGGUGGGCGCGCCCACCUACCUGGGGGGCCAGAGCAGGGAGACUGGGAGGGUCUAUGUGUACCGUGUGGGGCAGGUGAGAGGGUAGGUGUGGGCCUGCGGCUGUCGGGCA